AGGACAUGGAGAGGCUCGGCAUGAUCGGCAUUGUGGCUAGGGUUUGAAUUUCUUUCUUCCUCUCCCAUACUAAGGGAAUGUGAGAUUUUAAAAACUGGUCCAUCUUCUCCCUGCAAGAUGCUGGGGUGGGGGUGAAGUUUAGCAUGUCACGUCGGGAGCCUGUGAGCACCAUGGAGCCAAACGCAAGCUCCACUCCGAGCUGGGGCGUCGACUGGGGUUUGGACAGCGGGGUAGCGGAGCAAAGCAACGUGAGCAGCACCCGGGGAGCUCGCAACAGGACCGCUGGCGGGAGCCAUCCCUUCGGCAGCCUGCUGAAGUACGGCGAGGAGGACACCUACCGAGACUUCACCACCUCGGUGCAGAUCCUCAUAUUUAUCGGCUCCCUGCUGGGGAAUCUAAUGGUAUUGUGGUCAACAUGCCACACAACAGUAUUCAAGUCGGUCACAAAUCGUUUCAUCAAAAACCUGGCCUGCGCUGGAAUCUGUGCAAGUGUUGUUUGCGUGCCUUUCGAUAUCAUCCUGAGUGCCAGUCCUCACUGCUGCUGGUGGAUUUAUACCCUGCUUUUCUGCAAAAUUAUCAAAUUCCUGCACAAAGUCUUCUGUUCGGUCACUGUUCUCAGCUUUACAGUCAUUGCAUUGGACAGGUACUACUCUGUCUUGUAUCCUUUAGAGAGGAAGAUCUCUGAUACGAAGUCCAGGGACUUGGUGAUCUACAUCUGGAUUCAUGCAGUGUUAGCCAGUGUUCCAGUUUUUGCAGUGACCAAUGUUUCAGACAUCUAUGCCAUGUCUACAUGCAGUAGCUCAUGGAGCCAUUCUUUUGGACACUUGACUUACGUAAUUGUAUAUAACAUCACUACAGUGAUACUGCCCAUAGCCAUGGUAUUCUUGGUCAUGAUUCUGAUCCGUAGAGCUCUCAGUGCCAGUCAGAAGAAGAAAGUAAUUAUUGCUGCAUUACGGACUCCACAGAACACAAUUUCAAUUCCAUACGUUUCCCAGAGGGAGGCUGAACUGCAUGCUAUGCUGCUCUCUAUGGUACUGAUCUUUAUUGUUUGCAGUGUUCCUUAUGUGGUUUUUGUGAUUUAUCGAAUCAUUUUUAAUAUCACUGACAUUUCUGUCUUUUUGAUGCUGACAGCAAUCUGGUUGCCCAAAGUUUCUCUGCUCACUAACCCAUUACUCUUCCUGACUGUCAAUAAGUCUGUUCGGAAAUGCUUAGUGGGGACAAUGGUUCAGCUCCAUCGCAGGUACAGUAGACGCAACAUCAUAAACUCUGGUGCCCUCGGUGAUGCCACACUUGAGCCUGGGGUUCGUUCCGGCAGCCAGUUGCUUGAAAUGUUUCAUAUUGGACAGCAGCAGAUUUUCAAACCUUCAGAAGAGGAGGAGGAUGUAAAUGAAAUUAAGUCACUGACAUCUAAUGAAUGCCAGCAGAAAGAAAUACCUACUGCUAGUUUGGAGGUGGAGCAGUCUUUAGUGGAAAAAUUUACUCCAUGCAUUAACAAUGAUCCUGGUGCAGUGCCAGGAGCAGCAGCAGCACCUCCAGAGUCAGAUUCAGUCUCUGACAAGUAUGCAAUGCAGUUUGGCUUUGGCCCAUUUGAACUUCCUCCACAGUGGCUUUCUGAGACACGGAAUAGCAAGAAAAGGCUCUUGCCCCCCUUGGGUAACACGCCAGAAGAACUGAUUCAAACAGCUGAAAAGCAACCAAAGUUCAAAACAGAGCGGAAGAUUAGUAGGAACAAUAAAGUCAGCAUCUUUCCCAAAGUGGACUCUUAGUCCUUUUAGUCCAACAAGAGUGGAGAGUGUUUUGAAAACACAGUCCUAUCAGUUUCUAGAGCACACAGUAACAUAGCACUGCCUACACAAUGUUGAGUUGUAUGUCAAAAUAUUUUUAAAGCAAGUGAAGUAUACAAGGGAAGGUACAGACCCAUUCUUCAAAUAAACAGCAGUGCUCCUGUAGGUAACGAUCAGAAGGAUUUGCAUUUGAAGCUUUUGUUCACCUUCAGCUGAAGAAUUCCUCAUUUUACCAUCUGAAUUGCAAACAGUUCAUAUUUUGAUAUGGAAGAGUGAGUGGGAAAUACUUCAGUUUAAGCUGUUGAAAUUCAAAAGUGAAAACUUAUUUAUUUUCUUAUUUACUUUGUAUAGGAUUGCUUAAAUCUAACUUAAAAUUGAUAUCCCGCUGUGCUUAACUUGAAUCUGAAGGUUAAAACAGCAAUUUUUCUGAAUGCUCUUAUCAGCCCUGCCCUAUCCCUAUCCUGCUGACAUUUGUACUGCAGUCUUAAAUUCAGCCAGGGUGCCAUACUGUUUUGUAGCCAUUCAGUUUCACCUGGGGCCAAUAGAUAAGGUUUUUCCACCAGUUAGUCAGUAACACUUCUCAAGCCAUGAUAUCGGUCUUUAAAAAGUACUCUUGGGAUAAGGGCAUUGCUGGCAUGUUUGAAAUUUAUUGCCCAUCCCUGUGUGGCCUGAGAAGAUGGCAGUGGACAUAACAUUUAUAUCUGUUUGAUACAACUGAGUGUAUUUUGAGAGACCUGAGGGCAGGUAAAGCUCAAUCUCGGUGAUUUGAGAGUGAGGUCACACGUGGGUCAGAUUGGAACGGCAACUUUCCUUGUUGAAAAGGCAAUAGCAAGAUAUUUAGAAUUUUAAAACAAUUUGGCAGCUUCAUGGUCAGAUUUAUUGAUAACGUUUUUAUUUCUACCUCUUUUGAAAUUGAAUUCUAAUUCUUAAACUGCCAAGAUGGAAUUUUAACUCUGUACAGUCUGCAUAAUUAACCCAGGCCUUUGGGUUACUGGUCUGAUAACAUAACUAAUACAUGACCAAGCCCCAAAUUGAAUUGAUGCUGUGUAGAUGACCACUUUUUGUUUUCUCCAGCCUUUUGGGUAGUCCAAAAUAUACAUAAAAUGGCCUGUAGUAUGAUGUUUCUGUCUGGUAUGUAUAUUAUUGUUCAUGUGACCAAAAAGAAAGAGUAGUUUGAACUACAUUGACCAGCUCACUUCUUUCAAUCAGUAAAAAGAAUGCUAUCACUAGUUGUUUGUCUAUCUGGUAGGUGUAUAUUUGUUUUGAUUGACUGCUCAAUGUAUAAACACUACCAUAAUGUUAUGUGGCUGGUAUUUUUAUUAUAAAAUGA